CAGGGAGAUUGGGUCUUGCUAAUUCAGGGCCCCAGGCCCUGGGCCAGGCUCCAGAAGGGCAGAGGGGCAGUAGGUGGAGUCCAGGGGCACAGAGCUGAGCAUACUUCCCAGCCCUGGAGGACUUCGUCAAGGUGAGGACCGCGCUCCCAUCAGAAUCCAAGCAUGUGAUUCCCCCUGAGCUAUGGACAGAUAGACAAAGCUAUGGAUAGAUAACAUGGGAGAAAAGGGUGGGCAGAGAGUGGAGGGCAGAGCUUGGGGAGGACAAGUGUCAGGGAGAAGGGACCUGCGGUAUUCCUGGAUCUCACAGAUAUAGGAAAAUGGGAAGACUCAACGUUACUUCCCUGCUUCCUGUCCAUUCACGUACAACUUUCCCGGCUGAAGUCAGGCUUCACUCACGUUCCAUGAGCCAGGAGGCACUCGGCCUGUUACCCAGGGCUGGGAGGGAGAGCAAAGCAGAGAUUCCCCAGAGAGGAGACCCAGGAGCCCCCCAAGGAGGCAGUCCCCCAGAACUGUUCCUGGGUCUGCCCUACUUGCUGGUGAUGCUGACACAGGUAGCUCAAUCUCCCUCUCCUCUACGGAGGCCCAGGAGGUCCAGGGUCACCAUCGUCUGAAGUCACUUUCCAAACAGGACCAUGUCAUCAUCUAUUCCAGGACUGAAGAGGGGAAGGCUAUGGGUCCAGCUCCAAAGCAAGCCUGGCCCCCAUGGCCCCCUCUCCUGUUCCUGCUCCUCCUGUCUGGAGGCAGUUGUGGUGGGUGCCCUGCCGUGUGUGACUGUGCCUCCCAGCCCCGGGCAGUGCUCUGCCCCCUUCGGCGACUGGAGGCUGUGCCUGGGGGACUCCCGGCGGACACUGAGCUCCUGGACCUGAGUGGAAAUCGCCUGUGGGGGCUUCAGCGCGGAAUGCUCUCCCGCCUGGGCCUGCUCCAGGAACUGGACCUCAGCUACAACCAGCUGUCCACCCUUGAGCCUGGGGCCUUCUAUGGCCUCCAAAGCCUCCUGACCCUGAGGCUGCAGGGCAACCGGCUGCGAAUCAUGGGGCCUGGGGUCUUUUCAGGCCUGUCUGCCCUCACGCUGCUCGACCUCCGCCUCAACCACAUUGUCCUCUUCCUUGACGGAGCCUUUGGGGAGCUGGGCAGCCUCCGGCAGCUGGAGGUGGGGGACAACCACCUGGUGUUCGUGGCUCCAGGGGCGUUGGCAGGGCUGGCCCAGCUGAGCACCCUCACCCUGGAACGCUGCAACCUCAGCACAGUGCCCGGCCUGGCCCUGGCCCGCCUCCCAGCACUAGUGGCCCUGAGGCUUCGAGAACUGGAUAUUGGGAGGCUGCCAGCUGGGGCACUACGGGGGCUGGGGCAGCUAAAGGAGCUGGAGAUCCACUCCUGGCCAUCUCUGGGGGCUCUGGAGCCUGGGAGCCUGGCUGGGCUCAAUCUUAGCAACCUGGCCAUCACCCGCUGCAAUCUGAGCACAGUACCCUGCCAAGCGCUCCGCCACCUGAGCUUCCUCAGGGUCCUGGAUCUGUCUCAGAACCCCAUCUCAGCCAUCCCCGCCCGAAGCCUCAGUCCCCUGGUGCGGCUGCAGGAGCUCCGGCUGGCAGGAGCGUGCCUCACCUCCAUCGCUGCCCAUGCCUUCCAAGGCCUGACCGCUUUCCACCUCCUGGACGUGGCAGAUAAUGCCCUUCAGACGCUGGAGGAAACGGCCUUCCCUUCCCCAGACCAACUAGUCACCCUGCGGCUGUCGGGUAACCCCCUGGCAUGUGACUGCCGCCUCCUCUGGCUGCUCCGGCUGCGCAGGCGCCUGGACUUCGGCGUGGCACCCCCUGCCUGUGCCAGCCCCCGGCACAUGCAGGGCAAGAGCCUGAGGGAGUUCUCAGACAUCCUGCCUCCAGGGCACUUCACUUGCCAACCAGCCCUGAUCCGAAAGUCUGGGCCGCGAUGGGUCAUCGCAGAGGAGGGGGGGCAGGCUGUUUUCUCCUGCUCUGGAGACGGAGACCCAGCGCCCACGGUCUCUUGGAGGAGGCCUCAGGGCCCUUGGCUGGGAAGGGCUGGGCGAGUGAGGGUCCUGGAGGAUGGGACGCUGGAGAUCCGCUCGGUGCAGCUGCAGGACAGAGGGGCCUAUGUCUGCGUGGUCAGCAAUGUUGCCGGGAAUGACUCCCUGAGGACCUGGCUCGAAGUACUCCAAGUUGAACCACCAAAUGGCACUCUCUCUGACCCUAACAUCACCAUGCCAGGGAUCCCAAGGCCCUUCUUCCUGGAUAGCAGAGGCGUAGCUAUGGUGCUAGCAGUUGGCUUCCUCCCCUUCCUCACCUCGGUGACCCUCUGCUUUGGCCUCAUUGCCCUCUGGAGCAAGGGCAAAGGCCGGGUCAAACAUCACAUGACCUUUGACUUUGUGGCACCUCGGCCCUCAGGGGAUAAGAACUCCGGGGGUAACCGGGUCACCGCCAAGCUCUUCUGACCUUUACUUCCACAUCGGAGCUCCAGCCAAGACAGCUUCGGAUACCAAAAGGGAAGAAAACCAAGGUUGCUUGAACCAGAACCUAGGCCCACCCCCGCCUGCAUUGUGCCAACAGCUAAUGACGCCUCUCAAGAAGGUCUGCCUCACCCCUCCUUUUGCAGUUUGAGGAUGGGAGCAGAAGCUGUAGACCUGUAGUCAGUCUAGCCCUCCCCGCACCCCCCUCCACCAAGCAGGAAACAUCCCCAAGGCUCCAGUCUACUCGUUCACACACACUGACGACACCCUUUAACAACCAGUACCAAUUGCCAACCACAGCUACGAGAUUAUUGCAGAGGUGAGACUGAGAAGCGCCGCUUGCUUCUCAACCAUGCAGUCUACCUCUCUUUUCUGGUCUGUAUCCUCCCCAGGAGCAAGGAACUAGGGCCAAGGAUCUCAGGCUCAGAAGAUGUGAGUGUACAAUGCAGGGGGGCGGGGGGGGGGGCAGACUGCACACUGGCUGUGUCUGCAUGAGGCCUCCAGCACCUGCCCCAUCUGUCACAUCAUUAAACUUGCUGCCAAAAGGCCAUGACAGCAGCGGUCUAAACUAAUGUGAUAUCCGGAGUUUUCUUUACUUCACACUUUCUCCCCUCUCAUUUUUAUCAAAUCUCUCCCUUCCUACCCUUUCUGCCUGCCCACUGAGCAUGUGCCCCAGCAGCCUCCCCGACAUAUAAGCUUAACACCAAAGGAGGCCCAGAGAUGUUCUGGAGAAACUCUCAGUCUGUUUCCAUUUCGGCCCUUUCCCUGUACUCUGGAGUUAGA